AUGAGUCUCCAAGCCACAAGAGUCACUUACCAGCCUGCGCGCCUUUCCUGGUCUUUCUACGAUCAGAUUCCCGGUCGACUUUCUUUCCCUUCGACCCAAGCCGAUUUGGGGGCUGCCAAGGUGGCAAAGAUUGUCAUCUUCCCUCACCCUCACUCCUACUCUCACUUAACCCCGGGCAACUUAUCUCUUUACUUGCCUAUGCGCUAUGUACAUUUUCAGCCCACAGUUUUCACAAAUGGAGGUGCUAACACCACCCCUCACAGAAACAUGCCCGGCCCAAUUCGCGGUAGCGAUAGCAACGGAAAUGGCGGCAACAACCGCUACCAACCCUACUAUUUUGGCUCUUCGAACGUUCCACUGUCUCUACGUCCUCGCCUUGACGGUACUCUCCCUGUUGCCCGCGCCGCCCCUCCUGCCCGGCCUGACCCCACCAAGCGUUGGGACAAACUCAAGAAUUUUAUGCCAAAGGUUGGUAUGAAGUUCCAGGCCGGAUCCACUGUUACCACACGAUUGAGGCGCGACAAGGCAAUUUGGUACGCCAUGAUGGAUACCUUGCUCUUCUUCAAGGCCAGACAUUUGCAAACGUCCUUGAGAGAAAUUAUGGACAUCGCUACGGAUGCUGCAAUCAAGAGAAAGCCUCCGGUGGACUUUUUCGAGAGUCUCGGUCACGGCGAUGGUCUCAUCACCGCCGACGCUACGUUGCAUUUCCUCCGGAGUGUUCGGGAAAGUCAUCCUCUCUCCAGAAGACUGAGCUCUUCGACGUUCGCCGAGUUAUUUGCCGAAAUUGUCAAAGCCCGCGAAGCUUAUCUCGCGGAUAAUGAGGAGGGAGGUACCGACCGGUAUCCAGUUUCCCCUUUGGUGCAGGCGGUGGACAGAUUUCUUACGGUGGCGUGGUUUUGGGAUGGAAUGGAUAUUCUUGUCAAGAUGGAAUCAGAGCAUGCGGAACUUGACGACGACAACGACGAAACCACAGAGGAGCAAGAAGAGAUCGACUCUGACGGCGAGGACACUCCCGUUACUGGUGCCGCCGCAGUGUCUUCACUGGUCGCAGACUUUGAUGGCUGCACUAUCUGGACUUUGAGCACCAACAGCUACGUUGACGACGUUGAUCUCUUCGCUGACGUGGAUCCCCUCACCGAUGAAGCGGAAGACGAGGUGAUGGGUGACACACACCACGACUCUUGA